AAAAACCCUUCUCCUUCCUCUUCUUCUUCCUCUCUCUUUCUUCUUCUUCACAGAGCUACACAAACCCACAAGAAGAAGAAACUUAUCUUAACUCUUUCUUCUUGUUCUUCUCUCUGUGUAGUCUCUUGAAUGUUAAUGUGUGACAUGAGGACUAAAGACUCUACUCCAAGACUGAUUCUUUGGCUCUGCUUAGGGUUCUUGAUUCUUGGCAUUGAAUUUGUUCAAUGUGGUGUUACUUAUGACCGUAAAGCACUUCUCAUCAAUGGACAGAGACGAAUCCUCUUCUCUGGCUCUAUACAUUACCCUCGAAGCACACCUGAUAUGUGGGAAGGUUUGAUUCAGAAGGCUAAAGAUGGAGGCAUUGAUGUGAUUGAGACUUAUGUUUUCUGGAAUCUCCAUGAGCCUUCUCCUGGCAAAUAUGAUUUUGAUGGGAGAAAUGAUUUGGUGAGAUUCGUGAAGACCAUACAUAAAGCUGGUUUAUAUGCUCAUCUUCGAAUUGGACCUUAUGUUUGUGCUGAGUGGAAUUUUGGAGGGUUCCCUGUUUGGUUGAAGUAUGUUCCUGGAAUCAGCUUCAGAACAGAUAAUGAGCCUUUCAAGAGAGCUAUGCAAGGAUUUACAGAGAGAAUAGUUGAGCUGAUGAAGAGUGAGAACUUGUAUGAGUCCCAGGGUGGUCCUAUUAUCCUUUCUCAGAUUGAGAAUGAGUAUGGAAGACAAGGGCAGUUAUUAGGUGCUGAAGGUCACAACUACAUGACAUGGGCUGCUAAAAUGGCUAUAGCAACUGAGACUGGUGUCCCCUGGGUCAUGUGCAAAGAAGAUGAUGCCCCUGACCCUGUUAUAAACACAUGCAACGGUUUCUACUGUGAUUCAUUUGCUCCAAACAAGCCAUACAAGCCAACAAUUUGGACAGAGGCAUGGAGUGGCUGGUUCACUGAGUUUGGUGGGCCAAUACACCAUAGACCAGUUCAAGAUCUGGCGUUUGCUGUUGCACGUUUCAUACAAAAGGGAGGAUCAUUUGUUAACUAUUACAUGUAUCACGGAGGAACUAACUUUGGAAGAACAGCCGGUGGUCCAUUUGUCACCACCAGCUAUGAUUAUGAUGCUCCAAUUGAUGAAUAUGGUUUGAUCAGGCAACCUAAAUAUGGUCAUCUAAAAGAACUCCACAAAGCUAUCAAGAUGUGUGAAAAAGCUCUGGUUUCAACCGAUCCUGUUGUCACAUCUUUAGGAAGCAACCAACAGGCUCAUGUAUACACUUCAGAAUCAGGAGAUUGUUCAGCUUUCCUUGCAAAUUAUGACACAGAAUCAGCAGCAAAACUACUGUUUAACAAUGUUCAUUAUAACGUACCUCCUUGGUCAAUCAGCAUUCUUCCUGACUGUAGAAAUGCAGUCUUCAAUACUGCAAAGGUUGGAGUUCAAACAUCACAGAUGGAAAUGUUACCAACAAAAACAGCAAAUUUCAAGUGGCAGAGUUAUUUGGAAGAUCUUUCAUCUCUAGAUGAUAGCUCCACAUUCACCACUCAAGGGCUAUUAGAGCAGAUUAAUGUCACACGUGACACAAGCGAUUAUCUUUGGUACAUGACCAGGGAAAACAGGAGAUUCACUUAUAGAGGAAAAAUCAAUCUACAUUCUGGAACUAACAAAAUAGCAUUGCUGAGUGUUGCUGUUGGAUUACCAAAUGUGGGUGGACACUUUGAGUCUUGGAACACUGGAAUCUUGGGUCCAGUUGCACUGCAUGGGUUGUCUCAAGGGAAGCUAGAUUUGACAUGGCAAAAAUGGACAUACCAAGUGGGGCUAAAAGGUGAAGCUAUGAAUCUUGCAUAUCCAACCAACACUCCCUCUAUUGGGUGGAUGGAUGCUUCCUUAACUGUACAAAAGCCUCAACCUCUAACAUGGCACAAGACUUACUUUGAUGCACCUGAAGGAGACGAGCCACUUGCUUUGGACAUGGAAGGAAUGGGAAAAGGUCAGAUAUGGGUGAACGGUGAGAGCAUUGGGAGAUACUGGACGGUAAUUGCAAACGGUGACUGUGAUCAUUGUAGCUACACAGGAACAUACAAACAAAACAAGUGCUUAUCAGGCUGUGGUCAGCCAACACAAAGAUACUACCACGUGCCAAGAUCAUGGUUAAAAUCUAGUCAAAAUCUGUUGGUCAUAUUCGAGGAGCUUGGAGGAAACCCAUCAUCUGUUUCUUUGGUUAAAAGAUCAGUAUCUGGAGUUUGUGCUGAAGUUUCUGAAUACCAUCCAAAUAUCAAGAACUGGCAACUUGAAAGCUAUGGGAAAGGAGAAACGUUUCAUAGACCAAAAGUUCAUUUGAAAUGUAGUAAUGGUCAGGCUAUUUCAGCUAUUAAGUUUGCAAGCUUUGGUACUCCUUUGGGGAAAUGUGGGAGUUAUCAACAAGGAGAGUGUCAUGCAGAUACUUCAUAUGAUAUCUUAGAGAAGAUGUGUGUAGGGAAAGCGAGGUGUGUAGUGACUAUAUCAAACAGUAACUUUGGGAAAGAUCCGUGUCCAAAUGUGUUUAAACGGUUAACUGUUGAAGCAGUUUGUUCCCCUGAAACAAAUUUGAGGCCGUGA